CCGAGUGCUUGUGCAUAGAUCAGGCGCAGAGUUAAACAAGGCAGCAGCAGCAGCACAAGGAUUUCAGAUUUUGUUUGUUUUUUUUCUUCCUGCUGGUGCUUCUCAGCACCUCCAGCAAAGUAACAGCUGCCACGGAGGAGAUUCAGGAGCACAGUCCGGUUGUGCAGGUGCUGGAUUGAGCAGAGGGAUGUGAGCGGACCAGUAAAGAUGACCCUGUUGGCGGGUGAUGGCUCUGACUAUGACUACAGUGCCCUGAGCUGUGCCUCUGAUUCUUCCCUCAACCCACCUCCUCUCCAAGAGGAAGCAGCCCAAAAGGGAGCUUUCUACAAAAGGGCUCAGCUUGCUCCUGAGCUCAACACCAUCCAUGAUGACACCCCGCUGUCCGCCAGCCGCAAACUCUACGCCAUCAUCAAUGUUGGUGGUCUGCGUUACCAGCUGCCUUGGACCACCUUAGAGGACUUCCCCCUGUCUCGUCUGGGCCAGCUGCACCUCUGCAGCACCUUCGAUGAGAUCAUGGGCAUCUGUGAUGACUAUGACGUUACGCACAACGAGUUCUUCUUCGACCGCAGCCCCUGUGCCUUUCGGACCAUCCUGACAUUCCUGCGAGCAGGUAAGCUGCGCUCCCUCAGGGAGAUGUGCGCCCUCUCCUUCAGGGAGGAGCUGCUCUACUGGGGAGUCCCCGAGGAGAACCUAGAGUGGUGCUGCCGCCGGCGUCUGCUGCACUGUGUGGAGGAGUUUGAAGCGAUGGAAAGAGCGGAGGAGGAGGACCUCCUGGAGGAUCUGUUGGAUUCAGACAGUGACCACAGGGAGCAGGCAGCUGAGUCCAGAGUUGGUCGGUGUAUGGGCAAGCUGAGGGACAUGGUGGAGAGGCCUCACUCGGGCCUCCCAGGGAAGAUCUUCGCUUGUCUGUCAGUGUUGUUUGUCACCAUCACUGCCGUCAACCUAUGCAUCAGCACCAUGCCUGCCAUGAGGGAGGAGGAAGAAGCGGGUACAUGCUCCCAGAUGUGCUACAACAUCUUCAUCGUGGAGACGGUGUGCGUGGCCUGGUUCUCUCUGGAGUUCAGCCUGCGAUUCAUUCAAGAUCGCAGCAAGCUGACUUUCCUCAGGCAGCCCCUGAACCUGAUAGACGUGGUGGCCAUCCUGCCUUACUACAUCACCCUGAUGGUAGACAGCACCUCCAAGGGGGAGAAGCGGCUGGGCUCUGGCAGCAGCUACCUGGACAAAGUGGGCUUAGUGCUGCGUGUCCUCCGAGCCUUGCGCAUCCUCUACGUGAUGCGCCUCGCCCGGCAUUCCCUGGGCCUGCGGACUCUGGGCCUGACAGCACGCCGCUGCACACGGGAGUUUGGACUGCUCCUCCUCUUCCUGUGUGUGGCCAUCGCACUGUACUCCCCCUUGUUGUACUUGAUUGAGAAUGAAAUGGCCACCACCACGCAGGAGUUCACCAGCAUCCCUGCCACCUACUGGUGGGCUGUCAUCACCAUGACAACGGUGGGCUAUGGGGACAUGGUUCCAAGGAGCAUCCCGGGGCAGGUGGUGGCAUUGAGCAGCAUCCUGAGUGGGAUCCUUCUCAUGGCCUUCCCCGUCACCUCCAUCUUCCACACCUUCUCGCGGUCGUAUGUGGAGCUGAAGCAAGAGCAGCAGAGGCUGCUGCACAGGAGGACACAUUUUCUGCUGCGGAGCCGCAUGGCCGGCCUGGGCAGCAACCUGUCUUUGGAGAGCGACAUGCUCUUCCCCAUAGGGUCGUCCGACACCAGAGACAUGGAUGACUGAGAGUGUUGGACAGGCAGGAUCAGGCAGAGAGAGGUGACAAGAGCGAGGUAAUAGAGUCUGAAGGUGUGAAGAGGAGAGAAAGCUUCUGACAAAUACAGGGUGAAAAGAAAACGUAUUAAGAGAA